AUGAUUUACCGAAGUCCUUGGACGACCGCCGCUCUUUCCCCGCCAUACAGCAGGAGACGGAGAUUUUCUCUUCAGGGGAACUCAACUGAUCUUUCGUGGCUUGCUCGUAUAGGUCAAUCCCAAUUCUUGACACCUGUUGCUGCGAAACCACUCAGUUUCAGUCUUGCAUUGGACGAUCAUUCGCAUGACGAUGAGCAUGCACUGCACACCCACUACGGACGCAACCUCGCACUCCACACGGACGACGACAAUGAAUCUACAACGACGGCUCGGCUGGAGGAUAGCGAUGCCCGGUUAAUGGAGAUGCUUGCUGCGCAGGCCGCGCACCGCGAGGUGGACUCGCUCGAUGCGGACGAAGACGCAAUUGCUGCGGAUGAGAAGUUGACGGAUGACCGGAAACGGGAGGUUCUGCAGCGGGCCUUGAAUAUGGCAGCUAGUAAUGGGGAUGUUGAGCGGGUGCGGAGGCUGGUACGGGGAAAGGCGAAAGACUAUGUUGACGUGAAUAUGCCUGAUGAGGAGGGCACGGUGCCGUUGAUAUAUGCCAGUUGUUUUGGUCACCAGGAUGUCGUUGCGGCGCUGCUUGAUGCGGGGGCAAAUGUUGACCAGCAAGACCGCAAUCAAUGGAGUGCGUUGAUGUGGGCUAUGACCAACCGACAUAAAAUGAUAGCAAAGAUUCUUCUUGAUCAUGGGGCAUCGCCGAACAUAAAGUCCUCUUCCGGAGGUACUGCGCUUGACUUUGCCCAGCCUGGAAGUGAGAUAUCCGAGUACCUUCAUGAAAACGGCUAUAGCUUUGGACCGAGCGCGAUAGAGGACGACUUCUAUGACUCCGGAUUUGCGCAUGGUCGUUUUGAGGAGGAGAUUGCGGAGAACGAAAUGAAGCGGCGCAUGAUGAUGGAGGAAAGCGCAAUUAAUCUGGAGGUGGAUUUGUCGAGUCUCGGAUUGGACGAGAAAUUCGAUUCCCAAGACGAGGAGGAACUUGAAGCGGAGCAGCAGGAGUUCGUCUGGGAUCGAUGCCUGAACGACCAGAUGUUUGUCUUUCAGGAACACGAGCUGGAGAGGAUACUCGAUAUCAUUAUCACCAACAUGACGCCGCAACGGUCCCCAUCUCAGAAGCCGGUACCGGCAAAUCUCCUUUUUCUCAGUGCGCGGUAUGCCCACUAUCAUGCGAGCCCAGAGCUCCUAGCAACAUUACUGGUGUCUGCGACAGACAAGAUAAAUGACGUCGUGGAGCGACAUCAAUGGGACAUGACGAUUCUCGCAUUCUGGAUCUCGAAUGCUACUCUCCUACUUCAUUACCUCAAGAAAGAUGCGGGUCUAGUUGAGUCAACGAUUGAAUUUCAACUCCAUUUAGCCGAACUUAUCAACGAAAUUUUUAUUCUGAUUAUUCGUGAUGCUGAGCGCCGGAUGAAUAAGGUGUUGGAUGCGGCGAUGUUGGACCAUGAAACAAUUCCCGGUCUCGACGACAUCCCUUUCCAAAACGAGUGGAAGCUAUUCCGUUCCAAAAACAAAAACAAGGCCCCCGAGCCGGCUGAUAAGCAGUUCAGGCCACCUUCUCCAAGGCGUCGAGCACAGAUCUCGCCGCGUAACAUCACCUCCCUUCUUUCGUCAACGCUUUUUGUCCUCGAUCUAUACGACGUGCACUCAGUCAUUACAACGCAGAUUCUCUCGCAACUCUACUACUGGUUGGGAGCGGAGCUCUUCAACCGGAUUCUCUCUACAAAACGAUAUCUAGCCCGAACUAAGGCGAUGCAAAUUCGCAUGAAUGUGUCGACAUUGGAGGACUGGGCUCGUACCAACAACCGACAGCCGGAACACUAUGAGAACGGAUCGACCACGUGUACGGGCGACAGCACCAUGGAUUCCGCGCGUAAACAUCUGGCACCGGUGAUCCAGCUCCUGCAAUGGCUCCAGUGCUUCUCAUCACUAGGCGAGGACUUCGAGUCUCUCGUCAACACACUCCUCCAGCUACAAGACCUGACGCCAGCCCAGAUGCUUCAUGCGGUCAAGCACUACCGGCCUGAAGUAGGAGAAAAGGGCCUUCCGAAGUCCGCCAUGAAAUUCUUGGUAGAGCUCCAACGCGACCCCGAACUGAUAUUUAGGGAGCAGUUGAGGCUUGUCCAAAUAAAAGCAGAUUCCCUGGCCCCAACGUCAGCGCCAACCGAGGAAGGGCGCCCGCAAACUCCACGCCCUUUCCACGCCCCUUCAACGUCCAAUUCGCCCAAUUCUAGCGUUGCCUCUCCACGACCGGGGCCAAGCUCACGGGUAGAUGACCGCAACGGCGCUACCACCGUGUUCUUAGAUCCUGCAUUGACUCUUCCGUUUUCGCUGCCGACUAGCACGGACAUGCUCAUCAGCUACGGGGCCGGUUGGGGCGGAACCAACAGAGAGCGGGCGCGCAAGUACAUUCCAACGGUACCGCCUGAGGAACAUACCAGAAUCCAAAUCAGGUGUCUUCUGUGCACCUUUCUUGCCUCCGUUGUGCUCAGGCAACAGUGGCAGCCUCAGGCUACCUCAGCCUGCUGUUUCCUGAUCUGGACUAGUUGUACUGGAGAUCACGAAUACGGUCCCCCAGAAUGCAGCUACAGCUACAGUAAUGAAAAUAUCACGUCGCUCUCUUUGAGAGAUAUGCUGCUCACCCUGAACUCUACCUCCCAGAAUGGGAUCCAAUAUCCCCACGAGCACUCGCGCUUUCGACCACCGCGCUCCCCCUCGCCAUCUACAUCGGCAUCUAAUCCUCCCGCCGCACCUACAGCGCCGUUAAGGCCAGCGGACUUUCCCUCAAUGGACUCUUCGCGCAACACUCUACCUCGUCCUUCCUUAACCUUGCCGCCGCCGGAUGUCGGCUUCGCCAGUAUGCCUCCGACCACAGGCCCGGCAACCCAACAACUACCACCGCCUCCUUCGCAAUGGCAAAGCUCUAACUCCGACGAUGCCAUGCAUCACUGGCUCCGAGCCAAGGCUGAAGAGGACCGGAGGAAGCAGGAAGAGGAGAAGACGCGCCAAGAGAGCUUACGUUUGGAGCAGCGGAGGGUCGAGGCGAGCAUGCUUCGGGAUUCUUUACUUGCGGGCAUCCCUCCGCAAAUUAUUCCGCUUGUCUUUGCUGGGAUAUGCCAUAAUGGAUUGCCUCAACCGGUAGUGGAGUUGGCGCAGCAGUAUCUAUCCCAGGUUUCCACUGCACGUGGGUCGAACCCUCAAGUUGCUCCCCAAGCUCCGUCUCAUGCGCAUUCACUGUCCAGUUCCCACUCUCAGCGGCCUUCUAUGCAUGUUCGACAGGACUCCCGUUCGGGCCUUCAGCACUCAGCACCGCCCCCUCCACCUCCACCUAAUAUACUUUUGUCCCAGAAUGCGCCCUCGAAUAUUAAUACGCCGUCUACCCCUCAGAUGCCCGGGAGACGCUCGUUACCCCCUGCCCCUCCGGAUUCUAGAGCCGGGCCAAAUCCAUGGAUUAACCAAGGAGGCGCGGCCCAGGCCCAAGCGGGCCAAAUAACCAUGGGCAAUGUACAGUAUGCGCCUGGCUCGUCGGUUCCUGUCCCCGUUGCGCAGGUCUCGCGAAGACCUGAUUCCCAGUCACGCCGAUCACCCCCGUCAUUAUAUUUCCAUCAUUGGGUUCCCCCUACUCAGUCACAAUCAGGUGCCGCACCCGGAAAGGCUCACCAAGAGGCACCAGCUCAUGGUACCUCUCGUCGUUCAGAGCACCAUGCGUCUCCAGGACGAAAAAGGAAGGCUUCCGGUCCUCACCAGCCUGCCCCAGUACCGUCCUCUCGCUCCUCUGAAUCACUUAUAGGAGCAUCACAGACUUCGCAGCCAGCGUCUCCAAAGAAUGGUGGACAACCGGGACCGUUGACGCGCCACCAUCGACUUAGCGAUACAUCAUUUGCUCACGGAGAUCACCAUCUACGAAACGUCAAAGUAGAGCAGGUUGGGACAAUGAGCCCAUCUCAGGUUGCCCCAGCCUUGCCUGGAUAUACGCUUGCGACGACCGGUGAACCAACAGAUCAGAAGCGCAGCGGAGAUUCGCCACCAGUAAAAGAUGUUGAAAGAGAUUUCCCGCAGACAUUUCAAGAUCUUCGCGCUUCGAGCGUAGAGGCUAAGCCUCAUGAUUCUGUUCAUGAAGGUAGCUCCCAGCAGUCCUCCACAUCGGAAGCUCCGGUAGCUCCCUCGCAGCCACGCGAUGCUCCUGGCGGCUAA